AUGUACAUCUGUAAUAAUGAUGUGUUUUGCUUUAUUAAAAUUUUGGAAAAAGAGCGCCAACAAUAUGGGACAAUUGACAUGAGACAUUUUAGAUUAUUGGCAAUAAAAAAUGGAAUACCCAAAGAAUUAGAAUAUGCUUCGUUUAGCAAUGUAUUUGCAUAUGAUAAAUAUAAAAAAUUAAAAAAAAAAAAAGAAGAUUCAUCAACAUACAAACGGUUAAAACGGGAGGGAUUAAACGAUAUGGAAAUUUAUAAAAAAUCGUUUCAGUGCAAAUAUAACAAAAAGAAGGGUUUAGCAAAACUAGAUUGUUAUUGUGAAAAAAAAAUAUUUGCUAAGAUUGAUGAUAUAUGUGAAUUUGCGAGAAAGACAAAAAAUGAAAAAAAAAGGUUUAAAAAAAUAGUAUUAUUUUAUAUAGCGAUAAAAUUUAUAAAGUAUGAAAGAUUAAUAGACGGAAAAGUGGAAGGGAAAAAGAUUGCUAGGAAAAUAUCCCGUUAUUAUAAUGAUUAA